GAGGUGGUGGGAGCUGAAUGGGGUGUGGGCUCAUUUCUAUUCGUCCACAGGCAUCUCUGCAAUCUUCUUUUCUCUUUUUUAAUUCCCCUCUGGAUAUAUAUCGGAGAAAUAGUGUCUGUCAAGUUUGCUGCCACUUGGGCUCAACCCAGCUGAAUCCAUUUUGGAGGAUACCCUUGCUGCAACCCUCUGGACGUACUCCUAGGAGGAGGAGAAGAAGAAGCUGAAGCAAUUUGGCAUCAUUGCUGUAGUUUGAGAAAAAACAUUUCUUUUGACUUCAAAGAGGAUCUGUGUGAUGUCCUGAUCUCCCCCCAUUUGCGCUGCUGAGCAUGGGGUAAUGGUGUUUGACCAUGGUUGUCACCCAGUUACAAUUGGAACUGUGCUUCCAUGGCAAGAAGCUGAGAGGUUUCACCUGCAAGUUGACCAGGUCAGCCAGUGGAUUUCUCCCAGAGACUUCAUUCUCCAUUGCCUCCCAGAUUUUCGUGCCGUUCCUUCUGGCUGGCUUGGGCAUGGUAGCUGCCGGCCUCUUGAUGGAUGUUGUUCAACACUGGGAUGUGUUUCGGACAAUUACGGAAGUUUUUAUCCUGGUUCCUGCCUUGGUUGGCCUGAAGGGUAAUCUUGAGAUGACGCUGGCAUCCAGGCUCUCUACUGCUGCUAACACUGGACAGAUGGAUGAUGCCCAGAAGCAAUGGAAAAUGGCCACCUGCAAUUUAGCCCUUAUCCAGGUCCAGGCCACCGUGGUGGGACUUCUGGCUGCUGUGGCUGCUGUGAUCCUGGGAGCCAUCUCCAAGGGCUCUGUGGAGCUGAGCCAGGCUGCCGUGCUGUGUGCCAGCAGUGUGACCACGGCCUUCAUAGCUGCACUUUCUCUUGGUCUGGUGAUGAUUGGCGUGAUCAUCGGAGCAAGGAAAGUUGGGAUCAAUCCAGACAAUGUCGCCACACCCAUAGCAGCAAGCCUUGGAGACUUGAUAACCCUCUCCCUGCUGGCAGGAAUCAGCAGUACACUCUUCAAAUACAUAGAACUGGAAUAUAUGAAAUACCUUUCUCCUCUGAUCUGUGCUGUCUUCAUUGUCAUGAUCCCUCUCUGGGUUGCUAUUGCCAAGCAAAGUCCUUCCCUUGCCGAAGUCCUGAAAUCUGGAUGGCAGCCGGUCAUUGUUGCAAUGAGCAUCAGCAGCAUUGGUGGGCUCAUCUUGGACAAAACUGUAACUGACCCAAACUUUGAAGGCAUGGCAGUUUUCACACCUGUGAUUAAUGGUGUUGGAGGGAAUCUGGUCGCCAUCCAAGCCAGCCGUAUUUCCACAUUCCUGCACUUCUGGAGUAUGCCUGGAGUUUUGCCAUACAAGAUGAGGCAGAAUUGGCCCAACCCAUGCACCACAUUCUUCUCAUCAGAGGUGAAUUCCAAGUCAGCCCGAGUCCUGUUCCUCCUGGUUAUCCCAGGGCACCUUGUGUUCCUGUACACCAUCCAUCUGCUGCAGGGAGGCCACACGUCUCUCUCCUUCACCUUUGUGAUGUUCUAUCUGACUGCUGCUUUGCUGCAGGUGGGAAUCCUGCUCUACGUGGCUGACCUAAUUGUGCGCCUUAUGUGGAGGAAGGCGCUGGAUCCGGAUAAUUUCUCCAUCCCCUACCUCACUGCCCUGGGGGAUCUCCUGGGCACUGGAUUCCUGGCCAUCUGUUUCCGCCUGGUUUGGCUUGUCCACGGCGCAGACAUGAACCUGGGGAACUGA